CGCGGAGCACGGCGGGGCGAUGUGGCGGUGGCGGUAUGUCAGCGGGCAGCAGCUGGAGGGAUUCCGCCGGUACAAGUACAGUGCUGUGGAUACAAAUCCUUUAUCUGUGUAUAUUAUGCAGCCCAUCUGGAACAAAAUUAUUAAGAUAGUGCCUUUGUGGAUUGCUCCCAACCUGUUAACAUUCUCUGGAUUUGUCAUGAUUUUAGUUAAUUAUUUUCUAAUAUCUUUUUAUGACUGGGACUACACUGCCUCAGGUACCAGUCCUGGACUUGUUCCCACCUGGGUGUGGCUGUUCAGCGCCUUUACCACCUUUUGUGCUUACGCUUUAGACUCCAUAGAUGGGAAGCAUGCUCGAAGGACUCAGUCCAGCACUCCUCUGGGAGAAUUAUUUGACCACGGGCUGGACAGCUGGGCUACCUCCAUUUUUGUGCUUUCUUUUUUUUCUGUCUGUUCCCGUGACAACGGGAAGACUGGAGUUUCCGUAUAUACAAUGUAUAUAUAUUUAAGCAUCGUCUUGUUUAACUUUAUGUGUUCGCACUGGGAGAAAUAUAACACAGGAGUCCUUUUUCUUCCUUGGGGAUACGAUAUAAGCCAAGUGGUAUUAAUAGCAGCAUAUCUGCUCACCGGUGCUGUGGGUGUGGAAGUCUGGCAGAAGCCUUUCCUGUUUGGAUACUACAUUACAGACAUAUUAGUAAUCUUGCUUAUAGGCUUCAGUUUAUUUCUUUCAUUUCCACAAACACUCUACAACAUUCACAGAGCACAUUUAAAGAAAACAUUGAAGAAUGAUUCUUUGUAUGAAGGACUCCUACCUCUUGCGUCACCUCUGUUGCUGUUCAUUCUUCUUACAGUCUGGGUGGUUUUAUCUCCAAGCAACAUAUUAGCAAAGCAGCCAAGACUGUUUUUAUGGAUGGUCGGGGUUGCUUUCUCAAAUGUUACUUGCAAGGUGAUCAUCUGCCAGAUGAGCAGCACCCGUCCAGAGCUCUUCCACUGGUUCCUCUUCCCCCUGGCGCUGGUGGUCUACGCGGCCAUCUCUGGGCUGCUGGGCUGGACAGAAGAAGCAGUGCUCGCCGUCCUCACCGCCCUGGUCACAGCCGCACACGUGCACUUUGGGGUCUGCGUGGGGAGACAGCUGAGCGAGCACUUGAACAUUUACAUCUUUUCCCUGAAGAAACGUGUCCAGGAGUGAACAACUGCCCUAUGAUCAGACUGUAACACUUGAUGUGGAGAUUUGCAACUCUUCUGGUGUGAUAAAUAGUUGGAAUUAAUCUGAUUAAAAUAACCAAAGAAUAGAAUAGUCCAGAUAUCCGAACCACUGCGACAAUGAGCUAUGCAGCAAGAUGCUUCAUCUCAGAGGAAGAUUCCCAUCCAGCAGAGAAGUGUUUACCAGUUGUUCUGCUGCUAAUAUUUAUUCUCUUCAUUAAUGCCACGUUUCUUUGUCUUCCUCCUCCUCGCCACUGUGUCCAAAGUCCUGGAUAAAUCCAUGCCGGGUUACAUGAGAUCCUUGAUGGUUUAUAACCAGGACUGGUUUUGUCCAGCCUGGUCACCAGUGGGACCCCAGCAAUGCAAACCCUCCCUGUGUAUCCCCCCCUUUUCAGACACCUGUGCCUGCUUCAUUUCCCAUAUUUAUUUUCUCACAACUCAUUUCUUCCAUACAACCUCCUGAAGGGCUUACGCACAUUGAGUCUUUUCCUCACCUCACAUGAACGUGUGAAGAAAAGAGACUGAGCUCAGAAAGCUACGGGCACAGCAAGGUGUUUUUGAAAUCUAUGAUUUUUUUUUUGCCCUCCCAGCAUUAAGAUCAGUCUCCGCUGACCUGCAUCUCUCAGAAAUGCAGGCUCCGUACAGCAGCAACUGUCCUUACACUUAUUUUCUAGGCAGUAACAAGCGCAUUGUUGAUAUUUCAGUAGCAACAAGCAACAUAUACCCUACAAAGGUAACCAGCUGAGAAUAAAUUUGGCCAACAAACCUUUGAAGAUGCUUGUAUUUCACUGCAAAACCAGUCAAACCUCAUCUGUGAGCACAGAAUGCUAAGCGAAUCAUUAUUUUCCUGUGUGCUUGAAACAAAUUCCUGUGGUUUUAGACAAUGACCAAAAAAAGAAAAAGAACUGAGACCAGAAAAGCUUUUUUUAGACGUUACACGUUUGCGUGCACAUGUCAACUGCUCACUUCAGCUAUAAUAUAUGUAGGUUUUCUGCGUGCCUUGGAGGAAAGAGUAAGAAUUGGAGUUUCAUCUCUUUUCAUGCGCUGCCCUAGCCAGAGGGGCUCUGUGGCCUUGAAGCACUAAUGAAACAGUCUGUCCACGUGCCCCCAGGUAAGCUGGAUAGUGCAGUCCCUGCACAGAGGGAUGUGUUUGACCGACUGGCAUGUUUAUUAACUAGGGAACUAUCUCACUUGCCAGCAGGAGGGCAGAAGCGUCGUCGUUGAGCUGCUGAGCCUUAAGUUCACCUUUUUUCAGUUCUUGGACCAUUUCUCUGGCUUUAUCACUGGUCCGAUCAUUUUUUUUCCCCCCUUCCAUCAGCAGCUCCUGUUAAUAUUUUCAGCUGAGCAUCAACUAGCUGUACCACUGUGAACAGCUUCAAUUUCAGUUUGUAUGAGCUGUUACAGUCGUAAGAGCAGUAGUUGACCCACCACGUCAGCCAGGCAGAUUUCCCUCAGCAGCCCUUGCGGUAGGCACCAGGGGAGAAACCUGCACAUCAGCUUCCCCUCUUCACAAAGCAGAAAUACCACACCGACUUGGAAAGUAUCUUAUGGUUUGAAGGUGCGUGUGUUCCGCUUACCAGACAAGCAUGCCGAGGGUCCCACCUCCCAGAUGAUCAUCACACUCCAGUCACAGUUCAAGCAGCUUAAGGCUCGAGUUAGGCAGAGGACACAGGUCAGCCUGUCCAUGCUGGUUUGGAGAUUUUGCUGAGAACCCUGCAGGGAAGGGAGUUUCCUGCGCCCUCCAGCAUCGCUGUGGUCCAGCUGGAGCAAUGGGAGGAGUCUUCCAGGCUUCCUUCCCGCUGGUGGGGUGGGUCCUGCCCCUGCCCUGCAUGAUGCCUAGGGAGCUUGGGGUCUCCAUGGAGGUGCUCCCUGACUGCCCAAGGACUCUCUUAGAGCAAGGCUGAUGGCUGUUUAUUUCAUGAAGGAUGCUAAGAAAAGGCAGUCCUGUGUUUGAAGGGCAACACCACCUUCAAUGUAGGCACACACCCAGCGAUCUCACUGCUUGGUGAAGUUAAAUAUUACAUCCCAUCCCAGGUACGCUGCCACAGAAGCCUCACCUAUUUCAACAGUUUGCAUUUAACCCACCCACCCAAAGUACCUGGAGGAAGUCCCAACGAGAAAAGAGUUAGAAUGAAAUGGAUGGGACGUGGUUGUGGAGGAAGAACUCUGGCCAGGCUUCCCUUUUCCCUCUGUCUCGCAAUUAUUUCUGAGUUGGAAAUAAGGGUCACAGAAGCAGCACAAGCUGAUGCACUGUAAUGGAGUACUUUGAAAUAUUUCAUUAAAUGAAAUUAUAAAACUUGAACUGCUACAACCUGCCUGCACUUGUAUCUUUCUAAAGAGAAAAAAAGUAUCACUUUUAUCACUUUCAAGGGAAAUUAAGCUCCGGCCAGUUUUUUUACAUGCUCUAUGAAGACACAGCAAAUAACUUUCUUUUUCCUUUUUAAAGCAACUUGUCCAUACAAUCUCUAUGAAGACAAGUAUAAAAACAGAUCACGUAUUGCAGAGUGUACGUAUGGAAUUGCCAUCUUAGAUGGUAACUGGUUCAACGAAUGGGAAUAAAAAUGCUUUGUUCACAGGGUGGUAUGAUCACCCAUUUAUUUCAUGAAGUCAGGUCAUCUUCAUACCCCUACCUAACAGUCUAACAAUAGUUAUUUUUUGUCACAACAUUGUGGCAGAAAAGUUUUCAACUAUUUGAAUGGGAAAAUACACUCCUACUUUUUUUAUGCAGUAGCCAAAAAACCAUGCCUUCCCUCUAAUCUUACAAGAAGCAACUGAACUAAGCACAGCUCUCCCAGAUUCGAGUGCCUGGGUUGGAAACGGGCUCCUCUGGUCCCUGCUUCAUCCUCCACCCCUCUACCAGAAACCUCCUCUAAGUGGGGCUGGGCAGUGGUUCAGCCACAGCCUGGGGGAAGGAGGACAGCCAGGCUCGUGCUGUCUUCUCGGUGGUGGCACACCACCAGCCAGCCUCAAGCCAUGGCAGAAAGAAGUCCUCACCCACGGCUCAAAGCCCUGGAGA